AUGCCUGGUGGAUACAAAGGUGAAUGCGGGGACGAUGUGGACCCAAUGCCCUUUCUGGCACCUCUUGAAAAGGAGAGGAUCGAAGCCAUGAACAAGCCCUAUGACAUCAAGAAGUCCUGUUGGGUCAAAGACGAGAAGGAAGGCUUUGUUGCUGGGGAGAUCCAGUCUGAACAGGGUGAUCAAGUCACUGUGAAGACGAUCACCAACCAGACUCUCACCGUAAAGAAGGAUGAUAUCCAGCAGAUGAACCCACCCAAAUUCUACCAAGCCAGCGACAUGGCGGACAUGACUUUCUUGAAUGAGGCCAGUGUCCUGGACAACCUGCGCCAGCGCUACAUCAAUAUGAGGAUCUAUACCUACUCGGGCUUGUUCUGUGUGACAGUCAACCCCUACAAGUGGCUGCCCAUCUACGGGGUCCGAGUGGUCAACAUGUACAAAGGCAAGAAGCGCACAGAGAUGCCACCCCACCUCUUCUCCAUCUCAGACAAUGCCUACCACGACAUGCUCAUGGACCGUGAAAAUCAGUCUAUGCUAAUCACUGGAGAAUCUGGUGCUGGCAAGACUGAGAACACAAAGAAGGUCAUCCAGUACUUUGCCAAUAUCGGAGGAAUUGGCAAACAGUCAUCGGAUAAGAAGGGGUCCCUGGAGGAUCAAAUCAUCCAGGCAAACCCUGUGCUGGAGGCUUUCGGGAAUGCCAAGACCACCAGGAACAACAAUUCCUCUCGCUUUGGCAAGUUCAUCCGGAUCCACUUCGGAACUGCAGGCAAACUGGCUGGAGCUGACAUCGAGAGCUAUCUCUUAGAGAAAUCUCGUGUCAUCUCACAGCAAGCAGCCGAGAGAAGUUACCACAUUUUCUACCAGAUUCUCUCUAACAAGAAGCCUGAACUUGUUGAGAGUUUGCUGCUGGUCCCCAACCCUAAGGAAUAUCACUGGGUGAGCCAAGGUGUCACCAUGGUGGAUAACAUGGACGACAAGGAGGAGCUGCAGAUCACAGACGAUGCCUUUGACGUACUAGGUUUCAGUGCUGAGGAGAAGAUUGGUGUUUACAAGCUGACUGGGGGCAUCAUGCACUUUGGCAACAUGAAGUUCAAGCAGAAGCCCAGAGAGGAACAAGCUGAAGUGGAUACCACCGAGGUGGCUGACAAAGUCGCCCAUCUCAUGGGUCUCAAUUCCGGGGAACUCCAGAAGGGCAUCACCAGGCCCCGGGUUAAAGUAGGCAACGAGUUUGUGCAAAAGGGUCAGAACAUGGAACAGUGCAACAACUCCAUCGGGGCUCUGGGCAAGGCUGUCUAUGACAAGAUGUUCAAGUGGCUGGUGGUCAGGAUCAACAAGACCUUGGACACCAAGAUGCAGAGGCAGUUCUUCAUCGGGGUGCUAGACAUUGCCGGCUUUGAGAUCUUUGAGUUCAACAGCUUCGAACAGCUGUGUAUCAACUUCACCAACGAGAAACUGCAGCAGUUUUUCAACCACCAUAUGUUCGUGCUGGAGCAGGAGGAGUACAAGAGGGAAGGCAUUGAAUGGGUCUUCAUAGACUUUGGCCUUGACCUGCAGGCCUGCAUUGACCUCCUGGAAAAGCCCAUGGGCAUUUUCUCCAUCUUGGAAGAACAGUGCGUCUUCCCCAAGGCCACCGAUGCCACAUUCAAAGCAGCCCUGUAUGACAACCAUCUGGGCAAGUCCAGCAACUUCCUCAAACCAAAGGGAGGAGGCAAGGGCAAGGGUCCUGAGGCCCACUUUGAGCUCAUCCACUAUGCAGGCACCGUGGGUUACAACAUCACUGGCUGGCUGGAGAAGAACAAAGACCCCCUGAAUGAAACAGUGGUGGGUUUGUUCCAGAAAUCGACUCUGGGGAUCCUGGCCCUUCUCUUCAAAGAAGAGGAGGCUCCAACUGCAAGCAAGAAGCAGAAGAGAGGGUCCUCCUUCAUGACAGUCUCCAACUUCUACAGGGAGCAGUUGAACAAGCUGAUGACCACCCUCCACAGCACUGCCCCUCAUUUUGUCCGCUGUAUUGUCCCCAAUGAGUUCAAGCAAUCAGGUGUGGUAGAUGCCCACCUGAUCAUGCACCAGCUGGCUUGCAACGGAGUCCUGGAAGGCAUCCGUAUUUGCAGGAAGGGCUUCCCAAACAGGCUGCAAUACCCAGAGUUCAAACAGAGGUACCAAGUGCUGAACCCCAACGUGAUUCCUCAGGGGUUUGUAGACAACAAGAAGGCCUCAGAGCUGCUGCUUGGGUCCAUUGAUCUGGAUGUGAAUGAAUACAAAAUUGGACAUACCAAGGUGUUCUUCCGAGCAGGCAUCCUGGCCAAGCUUGAGGACAUGCGGGAUGAGCGUCUGGCUAAGAUCAUGACGAUGUUACAGUGUCGGCUCCGGGGUUUCCUCAUGAGGGUUGAGUUCAAGAAGAUGCUGGAACGAAGACUUGGCCUGAAAGUCAUCCAGCGGAAUACACGCAAGUUUCUGGAGCUGCGUUUCUGGGGCUGGUGGAAGCUGUACAACAAGGUCAAGCCGCUCCUGAAUGUGGCACGGCAAGAGGAAGAGAUGAAGGCCAAAGAGGAAGAGCUGAGGAAUGCCAUGUCCAAGACACAGGAGCUGCUAACCAAGGUCAAGGAAAUGGAGGAAAAGAUGGUCACACUCAGUCAGGAGAAGAAAGACCUCACCAUCCAGCUGCAGGCUGAGCAAGAGAACCUGAUGGAUGCCGAGGAGCGCCUGACCCAGAUGAUGAAGACCAAAAUGGAGUUGGAGAGCCAGAUCUCAGAUAUGCGGGAGCGGUUGGAGGAAGAGGAAGGCACAGCUGCUUCCCUGAGUGCUUCCAAGCGCAAACUAGAGGGGGAGCUGAGUGACCUGAAGCGUGACCUGGAGGGCCUUGAGAGCACGCUGGCCAAGACAGAGAAGGAGAAGCAGGCCCUGGAUCACAAGGUCCGUACCCUGACCGGGGACCUCUCACUCCGUGAAGACUCUAUUGCCAAGCUCCAGAAGGAGAAGAGGGCCCUGGAGGAGCUGCACCAGAAAACCCUCGAUGACCUACAAGCUGAGGAGGACAAGGUGAACCACCUAACCAAGAGCAACAGCAAACUCAGCACCCAGAUCCAUGAGCUGGAGGAUAACUGGGAACAGGAAAAGAAAAUCCGGGCAGAGGUGGAAAAGGCUCGUCGGAAAGCUGAGAGUGACUUGAAGAUGACCAUUGACAAUCUUAAUGAGAUGGAGCGGUCCAAGAUAGAUCUUGAGGAAGUGGUGAAAAAGAGGGAUAUGGAAAUUAAUUCUGUCAACUCUAAAUAUGAGGAUGAGCAGUCUCUGAAUGCCACUCUGCAGCGGAAACUGAAGGAACACCAGGCCCGAAUUGAGGAGCUGGAGGAGGAACUGGAAGCUGAGAGGGCAAUGAGAGCCAAGGUGGAGAAACAACGUAGCGACCUGUCCCGGGACCUUGAAGACCUCAGCGACAGGCUGGAAGAGGCCGGGGGAGCCACAUCUGCUCAGAUUGAGCAGAAUCGCAAGCGAGAGGCCGAGCUGCUGAAGUUGCGGCGGGAGCUGGAGGAGGCAGCCCUGCAAAGUGAGGCGACAGCCUCCACGCUGCGCAAGAAGCACACAGACUCCAUGGCAGAGCUGACAGAGCAUGUGGAGAACCUACAGAGGGUCAAGUCCAAGUUGGAGAAGGACAAGCAAGUCAUGAAGGCUGAGAUCGACGACCUUAACGCCAGCGUGGAAACUCUGCAGAAGUCCAAGAUAAAUGCCGAGGCCCAUGUCCGAAAGCUGGAAGACAGCUUAGUGGAAGCCAAUGCCAAGGUGGCUGAGCUAGAGAGAAACCAGGCAGAAAUCAAUGCCAUCAGGACCCGCCUCCAAGCUGAAAAUGGUGAACUGAGCCGGGAAUAUGAAGAAUCCCAGAGCCGGCUCAAUCAAAUCCUGCGGAUAAAGACAUCGCUCACAUCUCAGGUGGAUGACUACAAGAGGCAGCUGGAUGAAGAGUCCAAGUCUCGCAGCACAGCCGUGGUGAGUCUCGCCAACACCAAGCAUGACCUGGACCUGGUGAAGGAGCAGCUGGAGGAGGAACAGGGAGGCAAGUCGGAGCUGCAGCGCCUUGUGUCCAAACUAAACACCGAGGUGACCACCUGGAGGACCAAGUAUGAGACCGAUGCCAUCCAGAGGACUGAGGAGCUAGAAGAGACCAAGAGGAAACUGGCUGCCAGGCUCCAGGAAGCAGAAGAGGCAGCCGAAGCUGCCCAGGCCAGGGCUGCCUCCCUCGAGAAAAAUAAACAGAGACUCCAAGCAGAAGUCGAGGACCUCACCAUCGACUUAGAGAAGGCCAAUGCUGCAGCUGCUGCCCUGGAUAAGAAGCAGCGGCUCUUUGACAAGAUGCUGGCUGAGUGGCAACAGAAGUGUGAGGAGCUGCAGGUGGAAGUGGACAGUUCGCAAAAGGAGUGCCGCAUGUACAUGACAGAGAGCUUCAAGAUUAAGACCGCCUACGAGGAGUCCCUGGAACACCUUGAGUCAGUGAAGAAAGAGAACAAGACCCUGCAGGAGGAGAUAAAAGAACUGAUUGAUCAACUGGGUGAGGGAGGACGGAGUGUACACGAGCUGCAGAAGUUGAAGAAAAAAUUGGAGAUUGAGAAGGAAGAACUCCAGGUGGCCCUGGAGGAAGCUGAGUCUUCCUUGGAGGUUGAAGAAAGCAAGGUGAUUCGAAUUCAGCUGGAACUGGCUCAGGUUAAAGCUGACAUUGACCGGCGAAUUCAUGAGAAAGAAGAGGAAUUUGAAGCUACAAGGAAGAACCACCAGCGGGCAAUUGAGUCUUUGCAGGCCAGUCUGGAAGCAGAGGCCAAAGGCCGGGCAGAGGCACUUCGGCUCAAGAAGAAAAUGGAGACUGACCUGAAUGAGAUGGAAAUCCAGCUGGACCAUGCCAACAAGAACAACAGUGAACUUGUAAAGACACUGAAAAGGCUGCAGCAGCAAAUCAAGGACCUGCAGGUCCAAAUGGAUGAGGACGCCAGGCAGCACGAGGAGCUGCGGGAGCAGUACAAUCUGCAGGAGCGGCGCCUGAGUUUGCUGCAGACAGAGCUGGAGGAGGUACGCUCGGCCCUGGAGGGCAGCGAGCGCUCCCGAAAGUUGCUGGAGCAGGAGGUGGUGGAGAUCACAGAGCGGCACAAUGAGAUCAACAUCCAGAACCAAAGCCUCCUGGUGGUCAAACGCAAACUGGAGUCAGAUGUCCAGCGCAUCUCCAACGAGCACGAGGAGCUCAUCAGUGAGUUCCGCUCAGCUGAUGAAAGGGCCAAGAAAGCCAUGACUGAUGCUGCCCGCAUGGCGGAAGAACUCCGGCAAGAGCAGGACCACUGCAUGCACCUGGAGAAGAUCAAGAAGAACUACGAGAUCACCAUCAAAGACUUGCAGGCCAAGAUGGAGGAGGCCGAGCAGCUGGCUCUGAAGGGAGGGAAGCGCAUGAUCAUGAAGCUGGAAACCAGGAUCAAGGAACUAGAGACAGAGCUGGACGGCGAGCAGAAACGGCACGUGGAGACGGUCAAGACGCUGCGGAAGAAUGAGCGCCGCCUCAAAGAGCUGUUCUUCCAGACAGAGGAGGACCACAAGACCAACCAGCGCAUGCAGGAACUGGUAGAGAAGCUGCAGAACAAGAUGAAGGUCUAUAAGCGGCAAAUCGAAGAGGCGGAGGAGCAAGCCAACCAGACCUUGGCUCGCUACAGGAAGACAGUCCAUGAGCUGGAUGAUGCUGAGGAGCGGGCCGGCAUGGCAGAAACUGCCCUGAACAAGCUGCGCACCAGACACCGUGUGGCUGGCAAAGGCAUCACCUCUGUGGAGAUCAUUCAAGUGUCCAAGACAGGCUCCUCCAAAACUCUUUCUGAGGAGUGAGGUUCUCUGUGUCCCAGCCCAGGUAGGUGUGGUGUAGAUUCUGGUACAUGUGGAUUCCUCUUUAUUGCCAUGCUCCAAGUUCACCUUCCCUGUUCCUGCUUUGCUCCUUCUGACUUCUAUGCUUCUACACCAUGCCCUGAUCUCAUACAAUGGGAACCCAAAGCUUCCCACAUCCCUUCAGUUGCAAUACUCUCUCUAGAUUCUCAAAGCUCUCAGGUGUGGUGCUGUCCACCUAUAUCAGGUAUUGGCGGUCAUGAUGCUUCUCCAUCUGAAUGGAAGCUUGUCAAAGGCAAGUUCCAUAUCUAACGCCACUUGACACUAGGCCUGACAGAUAGGUGCUAAGUACAUGCUUGUUUUCACUGAAGAACCAAAGGGACAUUUGCAAGCUUAUAGGCAGUGUGUAUUCAUCUUCCACAUCCCACACAAUAUCAUUAUUCCUAAGGAUUUCAUCAAUACCAGUUGAAUUUAGAUGUCUAAUAUUAAGGAAAUAAUAAUCACAGCUACCAUUUCUUGAGCACUGAGGGAAGAUGGGAUUUUAAAGAGACAAUUUAAAAUAGUUCUUUCUUGUUUUCCUUAAUUCGGAAUCAAUUAAAAAGAACACAGGAGACAAAUAUAUAAAAAUCGAAAUGAUAGUUUUAUUAUUCUAUGAUUCUAGGUUGAGAAUUCAAUGGGUAUCCAUUAUGGGCACCCUUGUACUUCACCCCAGAAUUAAAGAUACCUGAACAACCACAGCCCUGCUUUCUGGGGAGGAGCCCCUAUUUGAAGGGGAGGAAUGACCAGAACUUAUCAACUCUGCAGGUAGAUGGGCUUUAUCCCUGCCUUCCUGGUUCCUUCUUCCAAACAUAGUACAAAUUAUUCCUCUUCCUAUGAGAGGACCAAGGGAAAGGUGAGAAGAGAGGCAAAGAACAUUAAUCUAUAGCAGUGGUCCUUGAAACGUGAUCCUUUGGACCAACAGCAAAAUCAGCAUCACCUGAGAAGUUAGAAAUACAAAUUCUUAGGCUUCACUCCGGACCUACUGAAUUAGAAGCUCUGGGUGGGCCCAGCAUCUGUGGUCCAAUCAGCCCUCCAGGUAAUUCAGAUGUAUGAUCAAGUUUGAGAAUCAAUGCUAUAGCAGAAAUCAUGAUAGAAUCAUGGAGCCAGGGAACAGAGGUUUCUCCUACUUUGACAAGAGCCAGGCACAUGGUAUGUUUUUCUCUAUUUAUUUAUCCUAUGAGGUAGGUAUAAAUCUCCCUGUCAAGUGAGAAAAAUAAGCUCAGAGAAAUUCAGUGACUUGCCUAUGGUUAUCCAAACACCAUGCUAUGUCUUAGUUACUAUGAAGAUUGAAAAAGUUGGUCUCCAUUUAGGAUUAAUCAGAACAACUCAAGAUCAAGGACUUGGUUAGGCUGGGAGGGGCAGGAGGCUGAAACCUUGGCACUAAUGUGCCAAUGUUCAACUUCUAUGGAUUCUGGGAAUUUUUUUCUGGCCUCAUAUUCAAACAUCUGAUUGAAUCAACCCUCAAUGAGAAUAAGGUUCCCUACUCAUUUAUAGCUAUCUCUCAGGACUGGUUCAAUUGAAGUUUUAGCCAAAAGUGAUAAUCCUGUUAACAUCUGAAUUCAAGCUGAGCCUUUUCUUACCAUUUCCUUAGGGAAGAAACAAAAAAUAGGACACAGAAUCUUUGUCUUAAAUCUCUAACUCUUAAAUAAUGGUUAGCUCAGGAAGUUAAGGAAACUAGAGGCUUGCCUCUGGAUGAGUCCUAUGAUUAAUGUGUAACCAUCUCUUUUCAGAGCAAAAACCUGAAGAGUCCCUUCUGUUAUGCUCUCACCUUGUCAGAGGUUACCCAUGAAGCUUCCUGUACUACCCAGACUCAGCGGGUGUUUCAGCUCCUUCUACCGGCUGAGUCUUAGCCUCUAGGAUUAGAUACCUUGUAAAGCAAAUCCCCUGCCCUGGUUUGGUGACUGUUUAUUCCUGAGGUCUGCUGGCCUGGUUCAAUUGCUCUCUCUCCACACCACUGGGCUGCAGUCCUGCCAAGGACAGAGGUUACAAGGGCUGGGGCCCCUGGGUCUGUUCUCCAUGUCUUGAUCCAUCCUCACUCUCUUAUCUCAUUUCCCCUUGUUGGUCACAGAGCCAGAUAUACCAGCAGUAGCCAUGAGAUGUCCUGAGCAAACUAGUACACAGGUCAGCACUGAGUCAAGAACCCACAGAGUUUAGUUUUCCAAAACGGCAUUAUAUUCAGUCUUACAAAUAUCAAUGAAGCUCUGAAUAUGGGCUAGACCUGUAUUCUGGGAUACAGAAAUGAAUAAGAAGAAACAUCCUUCCUUGGGGAGUUCAGAAUCCAGUGGAGAGGUAGAUGCACACAUCAAUCACCACAAGGCUAUGAGCAAAUGUUCUAUGAUACAGUGUUUGGAUCUCAUGGGAGGGAAUCACAGGGAAGGAGCAACUGGCUCAACCUAAGGUGGAUGGGUGGAGUAGCUCCACAGAGGAUGUGACCUUAUACAAGAGUCCAGAGCAGUGCCACUCAAUCAGUGGCACUGAUUUUUUUUACCUGCCCAAGAUAACAGAAGUAUAGAAAUUGAGAGGUAGUUUUUUGAAAUGUUUCUAGCAAUUGACAUGAUCAGUAUAUUUUAUAAAAGUAUUAGUUUCUGAUAGUAAUUAAAAUAAUGGAAAGUAAAAAGAAUAAAUAAAACUGAUCCCUCACCAGGUAGAGAAGGGAAAAAGGGAAUUCCAGAUAGAAGGCCCAACACAUGCAAAAGUGCGGAGGUGGGAUUCACACAAGAGUGCAGCGUGACAGGAGGAGAGGGGCUCAGGAUAGGGAGAGAGUGAUGGACAGGGUGGAAGAUGAAGCUAGCAGGAUAGGCAUGGGUGAGGCUGUGAAGAGCCCUGUUGGGUAUAAGUAUUCCAUAAUCUCUAUAAGGAAAUCUUGCUAAUUUAAAAAAUCCAUUUGUGGGAUGUGAUGAGCAGCAGCUUUUCUUUCUUGAGAAGAUAUAUCACAACGGCAAAACAAGACUCUUGGCACUGCAUCCCAGGGGAUCGCACCCUCUCAAUAGCCUGAGUAGAAUUCAGGCCUACUUGGGCAAGCCAAACCUAAAGAAAGUUUCUUUAAAUCCUCACAACCUCACACAGAAUGAUCCAGGUAUGACCCAAUAGUGUCCUUACAAGGAAGGAAGCCUGUGUAGAAGCAGCCCAAGCAUCUCCAAGUGCUAUCUCUCUAGCAAGAAGAGAGCAGAGGUAACAGAACUCCCAGAUCUGGCCCACAAGGAUUUUCUCAUCCUCUCUCUCUUACCUUGUAGGAUGACACAGAUCUCAACAGCAUACCACUGAGAAGAAAAAUAUGUGAAAAUGGAAAACUGGAUCCAUCCUGAGAAUGUUUACUAUGCAAAGAAAAGUGCAAGCCAGAAAGAGACAGGUGCUAAAGAAUAAAGAUAGCUGUGGGGGUAAUGGGUUUGGGAAUGUAAAUAUCCAACCAUUAGAGGAAUUAAAAUUAGCAUGGCUUCCCUGAGACUGUAUCAAGCUGUGUAAGCACUUGGAUAACAGUAGCAGUGGGUCUGUUUUAGUUGAGAUCCUACAUGUUCAUGUCAAGGACGGAAUAUGUAAUGUCUGUGUGACCUGGUUGUGCUCUAGAAAUUAUUUCUCAUGUGGACAUUUUAAUGCCUUGUCCCUAUGCAGCUUAAAUUAAAAAAAAAAUGAAAAAUACACUGACUGGAGAUUAUUUUUAAGUGAAGAAUUUUAUUUUUCUAAGAAUUCCAAAUUCAAAGGCAAUUUUUACAAUACACCAGAGUGCUACUAUGUCCCUAUAUCCUAAUUCACAGGCUUUUUAUUGGAAACCAUGAAAACUAUGCAGUCUUGGCAAAGUUCUUUGCAAAUUUUGAAAGAGUAUACCAGUGCUAUAAAGACAAUCUAGGUUUCAUAAAGCUCAAGAAGUUAUGAAAUCCCCUGAAGGGAUGUUAAGAUCCAUCCAGGCUAACAACCGACCCAUGAGGCCUCUGAGUAAUCCCCCUCAGCAUCUCCCAGAACGUUCCAACACAGGAGGUCAGCUCCAUGAGGACGGGCAGUUUUGUAUAUUUUACUCACUGCUGUAUCCUCGGCAACUAGAAGGUGACAGGCCUGAAGUAGGCAGAGGGUUAGUAUGUGUGGAGUAAAUGAAUGAUGGAGAAUGAGUUGCCUCCCAAGGUCAUCCUUCCUGACAUUGCCAAAAGUUCUUCCUUAAAUCAAGCUGAGACUUGCCCCCUGGUGGUACCCAUUUGCUAACCCUGGUUUUGACACCCGGGACCCUGCAGAACCACCUUAAUGGAAGACAGUUUUCUCUUCUCCAGGCUAAAUAUUCCUGAGUCAUUCAACUUUUACAAGUGUGGCAGGGUUUCCACUGUCACCUCCUAACACUCCUCGACCCUGUUCCCCUCCUCAUUUUCCUAGUCUUUGGAGUGCAGGGGCGGAGGGAGCAGCACUGUGAGGGCUCCUUGCCAGUUCACAGCCCUCAGAACACACUUUUCCUCAGCUCUCUGGAAAUGGUGUCUUCUGUUUGACUAUGAGCACCCUGACCACUCUCCAGUCUAUUGGCAGACAGAAACCAUUGUUUAGGCUGAUAGUGGAAGGGACAGUAAUACUCUGUUGGUGGCUCCUUCUCCAUUUUCACAAGGGCCCAUAUUACCCUGUGAUGGUUUUAAACUUGGCUCUCUCUAGGCAGCUCCAGAGAGAACGAAGUUUGGUUCCUUCUGUGCAAACGGACCAAAUGUGAAGACACUGCCCUCUAGUGGUAGGGUCUCCAACUGCUGUGUGAAUUUCCUGGGAGAUGCCAAAUCCCAGAAUCUUAGAUUUAUAUUAGAAUUUCAGGGCUCAAAGGGACAUUCAGAGGGUGUCUACUCCCACUCUCAGCCAAUUUGAGAUUCCCCUCCACAACAUCCCUGAAAAAAUGGUAAUCCAACUUGAACCUGAACCCUUCCAAUAAAAAAAGGCAGCCCAUGGCAGUUUUGACUGACAAAUCUGGUUCAAAAGUCUCACCUAAUAUUGAACCAGAAUAUGUCUCCCUAUAUUUUGCCCUUAUUUUGAUCUAGUAUUCACCUUUAUAACUACGUAAAAUAAGUCUAAUUCUUACUCUUUAAAGUCAGACACAUAUACCACUUUCCCAGCAAUAUGAUCUUGAGCAAUUUAACUUAACUAUUAAAAGAAGAAUAAUAACAACAUCUGCCUCAUAGGCAUCUUUAAACAAGAUAACUUGGCACAGAGACUAUUAUGCAUGACACCUGGACUCUUGCCAAGUUUCUUCUAGCAUUCUGUAAGGACUUCAACACUUGAUCUCUUGCUAGAGAAAUGCAAGGGGCAUUCCAUGAGGUUUAAGACUUCAUCAUUGUUUCUUGGAGGACAGUCCAUCCUGUAGUCUCCCCAAACUCAGAAUUCCAGAGCAACUCCUCAGUUUGCGGUAAUGGGGUUGGGGUGGGAGGUUUGUAGACAGCUCACUGACUUGCCCAAGACCAUUCAGUUAAUGGCAGAGCUACAAAUCCUCAUUUAGUCACACAUGCUGUUUUUGCCUAAGGACAUGUAAUUUCAGAAUAGCCUGAAGGUCUAAAAUGAUAUAAUCUAUAGCUUUGCAAAAUAAUAACAUUAGUUGAUAUCUAUGAUCAUUGAAAUUAUGUUCUGGUAUCAUGUUCUACAAAGUAAAUGGAGCAAAGACAAUUUAAAUGGUUUUGCUAAAUGUUUUGGGCUAGCUUUCAAGGCUGCUAAAUUUUGUAUCACUGACUGUAUAUAUAUAUAAUCAGUGAUAUUUUCUUAUUUUCUGUAUUCUUGGUGCUCUGGCAUCUGGAACCUCCCUGACUGCAGGAACACUGCUUCUCCCAGGGAUAGCCAAUUCUUAGAGAUAGCAAACAGCUUUCAUACACAGAGUAACUAAUCUGGAUCCCAUCUAGCUCUAGGAGGCAAUAUAACCCUGCCCUAUUCACCUAAAGCCAGGUACCGGACAGACAACUAGGGACAGUCCCUAUACCCCAUGACAGUUAUUCAAACUAGCCAAUCCUAAACCUGAUUACCCUGCCUUCUCUACUCCUUACAAUGGAAAUCACAAUAAAGGUUCAUGCCUAUGCUUUCCCCUCAACUCCUUCUGUCUCCUGACCAACCCUGUACUGCCCCCUGUGGCCCUGAGUGGCAUGUCAUGUUAUGCCUCCUGCUUCUAGAGAUAACAUCUUUUGAGUAUAUAAACUUCUUCCUUCAUGACAAUCAUUUCCAUGUCUGUGUGUCUUACCAUACCUGAUCAAAACAAACCCCAGGUACAUUUUAAAACACCAAUUAUCUUCCUCCUCCUUUCACAUAUGAACCAAUCCUGGUCCUUGUAGGGAAGCCAAUAGGUUCCCGGUCUUCCCCAUGGAGCAAACCUUUAAGUGUUUCCAAAUAUCCUCAUAUCCUCACAAAGACCCCUAACCUUUCCACCCACGAGCUAUUAGGAAUUGGGACUGGAGAUCUGUUGUGAAAAGGCCAACCCCAAAUUGUGGUAGAAUCACAAGACUAGAAGAGAACCUGCUGGCUAUUAUAAGGGACUGUUCUUUCCUCUACUUCCUGAACCUUGGCUUAGGCUAAUGAAAAAAUGUUUCCUGUGGCUUUGGAGCAGUGACCCCAUAAAACUUUUCUCUGCAGACAUUUAAAAAACCAACUUUUACAUAUAGGCACCAAAUAGUAACCAGACAUCUAGACCAAGGGGAAAACUGUAUUAUGAGACUUAGGUUUAGGGAUUAGGAAGGCUACUAUGGGGGUAGGUACAGGAUGCUAAAGGAGAGGCACUUGGUCCUGUCUUAGAAGAUAAAGGAAGGUGUUACAGAGGAAAUCAUGUCUUGCUGAAGCCUAAAGAUGAGUAGGAGUUAGACAAAAAGUAAGGGGGAACAUGCCAGAAUGGAAGGUGGGGGUAGGAAGGACCAACUAAGAGUGUGCUUAGUGGCAAGAAGCAACACAUGAGCCAACAGUGGCACAAGCAACAGAGACAUUUAAUGAUUUUACACACCAACCCCUGCAGUUACAGAUGGUUUCAGAAUUAGUACAAUGUGAGGUACCCAGGUCUCCACCUUUCCACAAUGCUUUACCCUCAGGUCUGUCAAAACAGUUGCCACACUUUCAACCAUCAUAUCUUCCCACAACCACAUUCAAGACAGAAAAGAAGAUAAAGACGUCCUCGCAAUCCUUUUCAUCAGCGAGCAUAUUUUUUCCUAGAAACUUCCUAGGAGACCACAAACCCAUCUGUAAACCAAUUAGCAGCAAGUGGUAACAGGGUUGCCACAUAAGACAUGGACCAAUUGUGGUCCAUUCCCUGGACUAGGGAAGGGCCCAGCUUCCCCAAGAGCCACUUGAACAAAAGUGAGGAAAUCAAGGUGGGAAAAGCAGUAUGUGGAUAGCCAGAGUACACAAAGAAGACAUGGUGUGAGGUUAAUUCAGAAUAUAGCCCCUCCACAUACACAGAAGACUGUUGGCUGCCCGGCCAGCAGCCAGGGAAGGCAGUUUAUGAAAAGCUUUCAGAAGUGCCUGCUCCCAAGGAUGUUUUCUGCUGCUCCCUUAGACGUUAUCUGCUCCUGUAACCAAGCAGCAAGCACAUCUUGCUCCCAUUCCCCUGUGAAAGCGGCUGUUCUCCCAGUGAGAUUAUCCCUCCCCCUGCUUGUGUAGAUGAAAACAUUGCUUGCCUUUGGCCGAGUGCCUUUUCCUGCAGCUCUGACCAGCCGCUACUAAAGCUUCCCUGUCCCAUGAGUAAUAAAUGACAUGUCACACCCUUCUGGUCCUCCCUGGUGGUUUUUCUGGAAUAUCCCAGCUGCAGGUCCUGGCCUGGAGCUCUUGCGUUACACAUGGUGAGAGACAAAGGUGACAGAGCAAGAGAGACCUUAAUGACUUGUUAUGGAGCAUGGACUUUAUUCAGAGGGCAAGGGAGAUUCAUCAUGAUUCGAUUCAAGUUAUGCGUUUUGGACCCACUGUAUAAUGUCGAUUUGUGCCACUAUUUGUGAUGUUAACGUUAAUCACUCAGUUAAGGUUGUGUCCACCUUAAUUGAAGAAUAUCCUAUAAAAUAAUUGGUGUGAGCUCUUUAAGACUGUCAAUUUGUGAAAGUCAAAGAAAAGAAAAGACUGAGGAACUGUUUCAGAUUAGACUAAAGCAGCAUGACAACUAAAUGCAACAAAUGGUCUUGGAUUGGCUCUGGGAUGAAGAAAAAAACAGCUAAACAGGACAUUAUUAGAACAACCAGUGAAAUUUUAAUAUGAACUUAUAAUGAACUUAUAAUUAUGUGUUAUAUAAUUA